AGCUAGAAGUGGCUAACGGCUAAAUGCUAACUACGCUGUACUACUCGCUGUUAUCGAGCUGUUAGACGUUAUAACUAAAUCGUUUUUUGAAAAGCAUUAACAUCUUUCUCGCUGGGGAAGAGUUGGUCUUUCAGAAACGUUGGCUCUCCCGGUAAACUUGAUCACUGUGUAUGUGUGUGUCACCUUGGCUGUAGUCCUCAGUCUCCCUGGGUGUGGGUGACACUGGCUCCGAGCCAGUCCUCCUCCAUAGAUGAAGAUGUCCCUGGCCCAGCGAGUGCUCCUCUCCUGGAUCUUCGCCCUCGUCUUCCUCAUCAUGCUGGUCCUCAAGCUGGACUCUAACAUCCACUGGAACUGGUUUCUCAUCUUCCUCCCCGUGUGGACCUUUGACACCAUCCUCAUCCUCAUGCUGAUAGUGAAGAUGGCAGGGCGCUGCAAGCCAGACUUUGACCCCAGGGAUGGCGAGCAGAGCCUGAAGAGGAGGCUGUGGUACCUGACGGCCCUGCUGCUGAAGCUGGCCUUCUGUCUGACACUGUGCUCCCGCCUGGAGAGGCACACCGAAAUGUGGAUCAGUGUGGUGUGUGUCCCUCUGUGGGUGCUGCUGGGUGGGGCUCUGGUGGAGCUGGGACACAGUGUUUUCCACUACAGGAGGGACUGAACCAUUGGACUUGGGUGGGUUUUAAAAUGUAACGUAAGGGACAAAACCUCUUUACGCUCAAGCAUUUCUCACUUGGGAUGCACCAAUCUGAUCCACUGGAUUGGUAUCAGGGCCAACACUGACCUUAAUAAGUUGAUCAGGUGUGGGUCAGACAUGACAGAUCCACGUGACAUACAGCUUCUUUGUCAAUGUUAUAAUAUUCACUGUGUCUGCUAUGUGUUAGAUUUAAAUCACAGCAGGGUGCAGACUCAGUGACAUGGGGUAGAAAUCCCAGUGAAUUCUUAACUGAGUGGUUUACAGGUUUAUGGGGGAGAAGAGUGCUAGUAUUGGAUCAGGAAUCUGUAUUUUGCGAAAGAAAAAGUCAAAAAUCUCACCAGAGUAACAGCUAGUUGUGUGUCAUACUGUGAUAUCCUUGGAUCUUUAUUCAAAAUGAAGAUUUUUCCAUACACUAGUCUGCAUAGUUUGGUAUCUUACAGGUUCAGUGUGUGGGAUAUAGGGGGAUAUAUUGGCAGAAACUAAAUAUAUCAUCACACAUCAUCUGUGUGUAUAAAUCAUUGUGUUCUUGUUACCUCAGAAUGAGCCGUUUAUAUCUACUGAGGGAGCACGUCCUCGUCAGAGAUCACCACAUUGCACCACCGUUUUCCCACCUUUGGCUAGAACGGACAAACCACAUACUGGCUCUAGAUGGGGCCAUUCGUGUUUUUGCAUCGUCCACCAUAGAUAGCAGCCCCUCUGCAAUAAGAGCGUCGGGAAAAUACAGAUUUUUUUUUAGAGUGAAACUGCUUUAUUGAUUGUUUUUACUUGUUUUAAUCACCUAAUCUAUUUGUUUUGGAGAGGGGGAGACUCUGGAUAAUUCAGCUCAUAGUAAAAUCCUCCUGAACGUCUGGAUCAGAAAAAAGGUGAACACACAUCUGUGAUGUCUGUGACGUGCUGAACAGCGUAGGAAAUACAGUUUUUAACAUGAAACCACUUUAUUCAGUGUUUUUACCAGUUUAAAUCACUGGGUCUAUUGUUUUGAAGAGGAAGAGACCUCUGCGGAUAAUUCAGCUCCCAGUAAAAACUUCCUGAAUGUCUGGAUCCUGAAUUAUCGGACAAAAAAAGAUGAGCACACAUUAGCAGGUGCUGGGCUCGCGGUCCGUCUCCAACAUGCCAAACAGCAUAUGCAAACACUGAUUAUAAUGAAAAACUGCUUUAUUUAGUAAUUUUGCCAGUUUUGAUCCCCGGUUCUGUUUGUAUUGAAGACGAGGAGACCUCUAAGGAUAAUUUGGCUCCCAAUUAAAAACCUCCUGAACAAUGGUCAGUGAAGGAAUUCUAACCAGGAGAACUAUGGGCUGGUUGCAAUCUGCAGUCCUCACCACUAGAUGCCACUAAAUCCCCCUAAAUCAUACACACUGUUGCUUUAAUAAAAUGGCAAGCUGGGCUAGAGGGUACAAAUGUUUUUAUUUUAUAUAAUCUAGAUCUGUACUGCCUGGUGAGACUGGGUUUAAGUAAUGUAGCUAAGCAAUUGUAGACACACACGAUCUGCCAUUGUGAUCCAAUCAAUUGCUACACUAAGCGUUGGACUUCAACUCACCUUUUAGGGAGAGAUCACAUAUAUUACGCCAUAUUUACACAUAAACACAGCAAUGUCUAAGGUGACACUUAAACUAAUACUGUAAAAACAGAAUGAAAUGAUCCAAUCUGCACUGUGUGUAGGGCUGCACAAUGCGCAAAAAAAAAAAAAAGAUAAUAUGAUUUUUUCCCCCCUGGGGUUUGUACCAAAAAAGCAUGUUGCCUUACAUCUGGAAUAUAAUUUGCAGGCUGGGGCAUCUCUGUAGCAAAAAAAAAAAGGGAAAAACGCCAGCACUCUCAAAUGUCCUUUUAGUUCAGUUUAAUAAUCCAGUUUGGAUGGCAGUACCAGUACACAGACAUUUUGACAGUAAAGUCUUAUUCAGUGUGCAUCUCUGUAGCACCACAAUGCUUCAUGGGACACAAUUCAUCUUUAUCCCCAAAUUGCAUAGAGUUUUGCAUAUUGUUACUUGGCCAAAUUGCUAUUUCUGUAUUUCUAUUAAUUGUGCAGCCCUAGCUGUGUGUCACUGAGCCAUAUUAUAUCUGUUUGUGAAAUCACUGUUGAAACGUUUAUCAUUAGCUGAUUAUUUCUGUAAAGCCACCUGUCACCUGAUCCCAUCCCGAGAUGUCCCACUGCCACUGACACAAUCUGAAUGUAAAUCCCUAACUUCCUGUGACUGUAUACCUGCUACUGUGGCACCAAAGUUAAUCGCAAACGAUCCAGUAGUUGUCAGUGUUGGGCCCGUGACGUCACCUCUUGACCUCUAGCCGCUUAAAAAAUGCUUCGCCCGCAGGACGACCAUUCGUCAGGUUAUACAGUCAAAUGCACGGCCGAGCAGCCGUGCCUGGGCACGCUCAGGGCGCGCACCUGGUAGGCGGAAGUGUUUAAUAUUGUGACGUUUGCGGUGAAAGCGCAUGAGUUUGGGAGGGGAGUGAGAUCACGACUGGAUGAAAAAAAGACUUGGAUUAUACUGCACGAGUUGCGUGAGUUUGUAAACGCAUGUUUUGGUGUAGUUAGCUGGUUUCCAUUUACUUUAAUUCACAUAGAGGAUUCGCCUUUUUUCUUCAUUCACUCUGGAGGCAUGCCAGAGAAAUAGUUUCCUUCACGGGUGAGUAAUUGAUUUGUAAUUGAUUUACAAAUGGUCAUUUUGCGGUUAAAGUCUUUCAUGUUGCUAGAAAAACAAAUACGGAAGCCUUAAUGAUGAUGAAAUGCAGAAGACAUGAACACUUAGUCAGUAGUUUUGAACCAUUUAUUGAGAGGUUCUGAUCAGAGUAUAAAUCACACUACCAAGUCUUAUCUUAGGAAAUAAAAUGUAUUUACAACAAAAUUUUCACAUACAUCGGUUUCAAAUAAAAACAGACAGUAAAUGAUAUAAAUAAGUUCUAUGGAAAAUAAAACUUGUCUUACAAAAAAUAUAUGCAAUUUCUGUAUACAUUUUCUCACAUUGGUGCUAAUAACAUCUAUACUGUACAGUUUUGGUACAUACAGUAUCAUUUACAGCCCUGUGUGAGUCAAACAACGUCCAGUCUGAAAACAACUACUUGCUCCGAUAUUUUUGGAGUGUUAUGAACAACGAACCCCAUCUACUAAAGCGUCGUGGAAAAGAGGAUUUCGGCAGGAGCUGGGUGACUUGCUGUGAUGUCCCGAACAGUGAAUGUAGGUUAAUUCCUAUAGCAGGGAGUAAGGAUGGUUGUUUUCAGAUUGGCUAGUCCAGUACCUAAAGUAGGUGCUUUAAGAGCGAAGCUAAGUAGUGCACAGGCACUGACACAUGGGUCACAUAACAUUUUAUAUAGAGCCUACAUACAUUCGCUAACAAACGUGAAGUGAGCUACUUAGCUUACAUUCUUAGGCACUGAUAAAGUACUUGGAGAGUGCAUCCUCUUUUCACUGUGUCGCUUGAGUAUUGUGGCUGUGUCGGCAAAGAAUUAGAAUGCACCCCGCCUUUUGGUUUAAAAAUUAGGGAGACCAGUUGGUGUCUGAAGGAAGGAUGCAUUUUCAAAUACUUUACCAAAGCCUCGGCGUAAGUUGUACAGUAAAAAAAAGAA